AUGUCGACCCUACACAUAAUACGGAGGGUCAAAUCAACCUUCAACGCAGCUCCUCCGCACCGAGAUGCACAACCGUCAACAAUCGACGUGCCCCCCAAGCAACUAGCGAGAAGUCGUUUGCAAAAACCUCAAGAUCGUCUUCGGCAGAUCAGAACCACAUCGGCGUACGGCAGCAGUGACUGUCCACACCAGAUCCAAGCAAACCAUCCUCUGACAGAUUUCCGGAGAAGACUCGCGAGAAAAGCGUCCACAAUCAGUUUGCGUGCUAAGAGGUGGAAAGCGGAAGUUCAAGGCCGAGAGCAAAAGCAGGACAAGGAAGCUCGCGAACCAUACGAGACCCACGAGAAAGACAGCUUUUUUGGUGGAAGCAAUCUAGGCUUUGAAGAGCAGAAACCCGAUCUCGUAUCAGACCGCAACCACGCAAACGUACAAGAAGUUGAGACUCGGGUCAACCAGGCCGUGAACUCCUCUACAGCAUCUGCGGUCACUACCAUCUAUCCUGCCGCACCAGCGGAACCUGUCCCUGACCAGCCAGGUCUUGACGUUACUUUGUCGCAGAAACCUAUAUCUGCCUCGGUCGAUCCCGUCCAAGCCUACAUCCUUUCUCAACAAGAAAAUCACACCCGCAAAGAAGAAGCAGGCGGCAUUAUCUGUGUCGACAUGGCCUCCGAACAAGCAGCUCCCCCUGUCCCUUAUACUCGUCUGAAAGAGAUUACCGAGAAUGCCUGUUCAGCGGCCCUCGAAAACGUCACUGCCUACUCGCAUGCAGACACCGAGUCUUGGAACACGACAAUUAUCAACAGCAUCCUUGGAGCACUGGUCGAAGAGACCGCCAAAUCGACGUCAGGCUCCACGCCGGCCCAACCACAGUUUAAAUACAUCGUCAACAGCACGAUCAUUCAGCACGCAUCUAGCUCGUCGUCAUCAGAAGGGAAGACCGGCGGCCGUCGAGGCAUGCACGCCGCCAGCGGGGCGUACUGGAAUAACGAAAAGGACGGGAUGUGGAGCUACAAGUAUCCCGGGGCGGAGAGUAAAGGGCUCGAUGUGGUGGUAGGAAUCAUCUGGAUUUGGGUCGGUUAGGUACCGAUUGAAGUCCUUGACGAUGGCCAGGGAUUUCUCCCAAUUAAAAAGGAAGAAGAACGGUGAAGAACGCAUCAAAUAAAUAGGCAUACUUUUGUCGCUUGUCUAGGUUAGUUGGUGUGAGAAGAGAGGUCAGCAUAAACCCGAAUAAGUAGCCACUGAAAGUCAGUCAAAGACAACUUUGCUUUGCCUUG